AUGGAUCAACCACAGUAUCUUGGCCUCAAAGGCCAACCCCUCGUAUACGCCGUCACCUUCUGUUGUUCAAUAGGAUUUUUCCUCUUUGGCUACGAUCUCGGUUACAUGGGUGGACUUACCACAUCUCCCGAAUUCCUGGACCUGUUCGGCAAUCCCAAUGCAUCUCUUCUCGCCUUUAUGGUUUCGUCCUAUGAGGUCGGAUGUAUGUUUGGCGCUCUGUAUCAGUUUCUGGUUGGUGAUCGCUGGGGAGGUCGUAAGCCAAACAAUUUCGCCGGUGCAGUCAUUGUGUCUAUAGGCGCAAUUUUGCAGGCAAGUUCAUUUGGUUUGCCGCAGUUUUUGGUGGGACGUCUGGUAGCAGGGUUCGGGUUGGGAAUUAUGACUACCGUUAUUCCCAUCUGGUUGUCGGAAUGUACCACACCCAAGUCGCGAGGUCGUAUGAUGGCUAUGCAGCUGUCUAACCUGAUCAUGGGCUUGAUUAUUGCGAAUUGGUUGGAUUAUGGCAUGUCCUUUCACGCCGGGUCAGUGCAAUGGCGCGUGCCAUGUGCCUUUCAAUGCGUCUUUUGCCUGGUCCUGUUUGUAUUUAUACCAUUCCUGCCUGAGUCACCGCGUUGGCUCGCUGCGGCUGGCCAAAUCGAACGCGCCAAACAUUCCUUGGCAGCUCUCCGUGGCCAGCACCUGGACGCCGAUGAUGUCGUCGAAGAACUUGGUCAGAUCCAGUAUGCUAUUGCCAUUGAAGCCGAGGAAGUAGGGUCAUGGAGCGAUGCGUUCAAAGACGGCGGUAUCAGUGGUUUCACACGGGUUGCCAUUGGAUUCUCAGCGAAUUUCUUUCAGCAAUUGUCUGGAGUCAACGUCAUGUCUUCGCUAGGCCCCUAUGUGUUUGAAAACUCGAUCGGCAUGAGCCGUUAUAAUGCCAUGCUCGUCUCUGGUGGAUUGCAAGUGUUUUACUUCCUAAGCAGUAUCAUCCCGUGGUUCGCCAUUGACCGUGUCGGAAGACGCAAGUUGUUCAUGAUUGGGAGCAUGGGAAUGGGCGUGUGUAUGCUGCUUUCCGCAAUAUUUGUCGGCAUCGGUACGCAGGGACUGGGUUACGCCGCCGCGGUCGUGCUGUAUCUCUUCCAAACCUUCUUCACGCUGGGCUGGCAAUCCAACAUGUGGAUCUACCCCAGUGAGCUGCUGCCGCUGAAGCUGCGUCUGCGUGGUGGUGCCAUUGCCGUCAUAUCGCAAUGGCUGUUUACUUUUCUCGUUGUCGAGAUCACGCCGCCUAUGAUCACUAAUAUCGGAUACAAAAGCUAUGUCGUCUUUGCAGUGAUCAAUUUCGUCACGAUUCCUUUAGUGUACUUUUGUUUCCCUGAGACCAGCAAAUUGCCGUUAGAGGCUGUUGAUUUGUUGUUUGCCGACCGUGAUGGACAGAGGCCCAGUAUAUGGAGGGUGGUCAAAGACUCGACAGAUGCGGCUUUCAUGGAGAGCAUCACGAAGGAAUUGGCCGAAAGAGCCGAAGCAAGGGCGAUGAACGAGGGAAUCGUCGACGCGGCAAAGCAGAAAACGGCGGUUGAGCUGCAACGUGGACACACCCGUAAGAUUAACAAUCGCGCAACUCCCGUCUUACAAAAGAAAGAGAAACGACGUCGGGAUACUCGAAAUAUCCUCUCCGUGAUAGUGGAAUCACAAUUCGCUCGGGCUGGAGCAAAGCGCAUUACAGCUAUGCCACCAUCCAACACUUCAGCGCAACAAGCUCCUACCAACAGCACCAGUAGCACACCACAAACAUUCGAUAAAGUGCCGGACGUCGAUCCAAAAACAGGCCUCCAUGAGCAAGGCAACGCAGCAGCCCUCAAGAAUCGGGCCGACUUCGAUCUCACAGUCUCACAUGGCAUUCUAAGACAAUCCUCCGCUUCAGAUCCAAAAAGACCCCUCGAAGCCGGAACACAAAAAAGCAACCUUCCACCAGAAAAAGUAUUCUCAAUACAGCUAGGAUCGGAGCUAUUUCGGUUAUCGGGAGCGUCAAUAGCCUCUGACGGCUACCACGUCCAGCCACGAACUGGUGAGGAAUAUGUGAGACUAUAUAUGGACGCGCAGUUCUACAGUCUUCCCCGACUUACCGGUCAGCUUUUCGAGUCCGACGUCUUCUUCCAAAUCGGCGAACGAGACUUCCAAAUACCAAAAGAUAUCUUCUCGGCACCAGGGGACUCUCCCAAUUUCUUCACGCUGGGAUUCAACAUUCAUUUCUCGGCACCUCCUAUGAUGCUACCGGGACUAGAGAAAAAGGGCUUGUUACGACCCCCUUCGAUCAUUCCACCCAGUGUCCCGAACCGAUCAGCGGAGGUUUUUGCACAGAUACUACACAUCCUUCGAGGAUAUCCGGUAGAGAUCAAAAACGAAAGUCACCGGGCAGAACUUCUUCGCGAUUGUCGGUAUCUACAUUUUCGCGGUCUGGAGCAGAAACUUCUUCCGCAUGAGAUAAGCUACAACCCUGAACGAGAUUGCAGCGAGAUUGUGAUUCGACUUGAAGACAUCCGUCAAUCGGGAGUUCAGUUUGUGGCCGAUGGGUCGCUUGUGGAUGGAUCUACGUCUUCCGGCUGGGUAUACUAUGCGCGACCAUUCGUGGACGACAAGCCAUGCGAAUUGAUAGUUGAAAUCGGCGGACAGGGUACAGUGAUUGAUAUGGAAUCAAUGCGCGCCGACUUUCGCGGACUGACAAAAGCCCGCGUGAGCAGUCUUGUGCAAGUAAUCGCCAACAAACUCAACUUACCAAACAAAGCUCCCCUGGGUCUGAUGAUGAUGGCCGGGGGCGGAUCAAGAAAUACCACCGCCAGCCCGGGCCAUUCGCCUCUCAGCGAAGAUCGACCAAAAGUUCAAAUUGGACCAGAUGCCGAUAUCGUCAUUGACGGCGAAUGUUACUGCGCUAAACCGGGUGGAUCUACGGGCUUCAUUCUGGAGAAAUCCAGCGGCGCUACAGUUCCGCUCAACGGUUCAAAUACUGGACCGCCCGCGAAACGGAAACGGGAGGAAGAAAAUGAUCACAGCGCCAGUUCACCGCAAGGACGAUGGAUGGUCCAUAACGGGCAAUGGCGGCUACGGGUUCAGCCAGAUGGUUUUAGCAAUCAGUUGGAGAUAAUUUUUACGGCUGUUAAGCUGGAGCCCCAGACCGGUAUACCCUCACCUGAACCAUCAAUCAUCAAAGCGAACCACGAGACAAACAAAAUGGCCUCCUCCGAUAUCAAGGUCACUCUCUACUGGCUAGAGCAGUCUCGCGCACACUCGAUCCUUUGGAUCCUCGAGGCCCUUUCCGUCCCCUACGCACUCAAAACCUUCAAACGCGGCAAGGACAUGCUCGCGCCCGCCGAGCUCAAAGCCGUUCAUCCUCUAGGCAAAUCGCCCAUUAUCACAGUCGAAAGACCAGAGUACGCGCAACCCUUGGUGCUGGCUGAAUCCGGGGCGAUUGUGGAAUAUUUACUCAAUCAUUUCCGGGGCGAAGAGAAGGGUCUCAUCCCGAAGAAGUAUGCGUCGGAGGAAGAUGCGGCCAAGAAUUUAGAGACAGAGGAGUGGUUGAGGUAUAGAUUUUAUAUGCAUUAUGUGGAGGGCAGUUUGAUGCCACAGAUGGUUACGGCGUUGAUUGUUGAUAGCGUGCGCAACGCUCCAAUCCCAUUCUUCCUCAAACCUAUUCCCCGUCUGGUCGCAGACAGAAUUCAGACGAGUUGGCUCGACAAGCAAUUCGCCGUUCACUUCCCGUUCCUGGAAGGCCAACUCAAGUCUGCUCCUGGAACCACCGAGAGCCAACGAGGGGGGCUUUGUGGGCCCAAAUUCACUGCGGCUGAUAUGUUGAUGAGUUUUCCCGUUAUUGCGGCUACGGGUAGAGGAGUUAUUACAAAGGAAAGUUACCCUGAGAUUGUGGCGUUUGGGGAGAGGUUGAAGAAGGAUGAUGGGUAUCAAAGGGCAGUGAAGAAGAUUGAAGAGGUGGAUGGGAAAUUUUCCGCCUCGUUGUAA